UUUGUUCAUUGUUGUGUUAUACGAGUAUCAUGUUUUGUUCAUUGUUGUUAUCUUAAAAACACAAUUAUUUGAAUUAUAUUCGUCUCGUUAUAUAAAGUCCUAUUUGUUUGAAUUAGGAACCAAUUAGUCUCGUGGAUACGUGAUAUAUUUUUCUUUGUUAAAUACUCGUAAAUUGAAAAAAUAUGGUCUUGCAUUCUGAUUUUGUGUUUGCAUUUUUGUGUAUACUUUUCUGCGUAUGCAAAUCAAACUGCCUCUUGAGGUACCCUUACGGAGAUUUAGCUGAGAAAAUCAAAUUUUAUGAUGAAAAAGGCAAUAUUCACUUUAUCGACUUAAAUACUCCACUUGACUCAGUGCUAGAAUUAUAUUUGAAGCGGCGAUAUUUCACCGGUAGCACUCGCUUUUGGCUUUACACGAGGGACAAUAUAAACCAGCGCGAAGAAUUACAUGCGCGAUUCUUAUAUAGAGUGAAGAGAAACAGUCUGUAUAGGCCAGACAAGCCACUGGUGAUGGUGACACACGGCUGGAUGAGCUGUGGCAACAGCAACGCUACACAGUUGAUAAAAAAUGCUUACCUGAACAUGCAAGAUGUGAAUGUUGUGGUGGUAGACUGGCAAAAAGAUGCAGCUCAUGAAAAUUACCUCGAAUCUGCUUCCUUGACUAUGAUAGUAGCUGAAAAGGUUAAGGACAUGGUUUUGUCGUUGGCCUUCCGAUAUCAGGUUGCUAGUAGAGACGUUCAUUUAAUUGGUCACAGUUUGGGAGCACAUGUAAUGGGAUUGACUGGCGAAAAACUUAAAGAUCACAAAUUCAUGGUUGCACGUGUUACAGGCUUAGAUCCAGCGGGUCCCUUUUUCGAGCUGCCAAACUACUUGCCGGGUAUAACCAGCGAGGCAGCCUCGUUCGUGGACGUCAUCCACACAGACACCGGCGCCCUCGGCUAUAUUACCAACGUCGGCCACGCAGACUUCUAUCCGAAUGGCGGCGCCUGGCAGCCACACUGCUGCGACACUCAUGACACAUUUAGCUGUGAACAUACGUGCGCCUACGUUUACUUCGCUGAGACUAUCAGAAAUGGCAGUGAAUACGUCUCCGUGAAGUGCGACUCGUACAUCUCGUUUGAGACGGGUUCGUGCGGCGACAAUGAGAAGCAAUACAUGGGGUUCUACAGCCUACCCACGGCACGGGGCUCCUACUAUCUCGACAUUGAUAAAUAGAAUUC